ACUAUAGCCUGGCGCUUUAAACACACCAGAAACCAAUAGGCUGAAGAACUUGUAUAAUUAUUUUUUUUUAGCUACAAAAUUACCUCAAGAUCCAUACAUAACCAUUUUUUUCUGAAUAGAAAAAAAGGCUCUUUGCUGAACCUAUAGGAAUCACCGAAGAACCUUUAUUUUGUGCGGUGCGCGCACCCGUGCACACAGGCACAGCACAUCUUAAUAUAUUUGCGCGGUCACGAGGCAAACACUCUCACUCGGUCAGCUUCGACUGUCAGUAGUAAGACGCGCGCAACGGCGAUAGAUACAAGCGUUUAGACACCAGGCGUACGUACAUGUGCGUGGUGAAAUGCUGGAUUGACUAACACUGAAGAUCUCGGGGAUCAAUGGCGCGCGGCUUUGAGAUCGUUUAAAAUUUAUUGGAAGGGAGAGUGUGAGAGAGAAAGGAAAGAAAGAGAGAGAGAGAGGAAAAACAGUGUAUUUCAACAAUGGAGCUUACAAUGGAAAACAUUGGGAAUCUGCACGGCGUGUCACACUCCCAUCAAACGGGGGACUUGAUGAACUCUCCACACGCGCGACAGUCAGCGACACAUAGGAACUUGGUGUCAUCGCACGGGAGGUCAGCGAUGGUGUCCAGCAUGGCCUCGAUACUGGACGGGGCCGGGGAAUAUCGCACGGACCAUUCGCUGUCCGGUCCUCUCCAUCAAGCGAUGACCAUGUCGUGCGAUUCGAGCAUGAGUCUGAGCAGCACUUACACCACCCUGACGCCGCUGCAGCACCAUUUGCCUCCCAUAUCCAACGUCUCAGAGAAAUUUCACCACCACCCGCACCCUCACGCUCAUCACCAUCCCGCGCACCAGCGUCUCGCCACCGGGAACGUCAGCGGCAGCUUCACGCUGAUGCGCGAUGACCGGGGCCUCGCGUCCAUGAGCAACCUAUACGGCCACUACUCCAAAGACUUGUCCGGGAUGGGACCACCUUUAUCGCCUCUUUCCAACGGCCUUGGGUCUUUGCACAACUCUCAACAGACUCUGAGCGCGUACGGUCCGACUCACCUGGGGAACGAUAAGAUGAUUUCCACGGGAGGCUUCGAGUCCCACGCUGCGAUGCUCGGGCGGGGCGAGGAGCACCUGGCGCGGGGUUUAGGGGGCCAUGGGGCGGGCAUCAUGUCUUCUCUCAACGGCAUCAACCACCACCACCACAGUCACUCACACUCUCAGGCGAACGGGUCGGUGCUCUCGGAGCGGGAUAGGCAGGCAGCAGGAGGCGGCGGACAAGGUAGUGGGGCAGGACAGGUAGAGGAGAUCAACACUAAAGAGGUGGCUCAGCGAAUAACGGCGGAGUUAAAGCGGUACAGCAUCCCACAGGCCAUCUUUGCCCAGAGGAUCUUGUGUCGCUCUCAAGGUACUCUCUCGGACCUCCUGCGGAAUCCCAAACCCUGGAGUAAACUCAAGUCAGGUCGGGAGACGUUCAGACGGAUGUGGAAGUGGCUGCAGGAACCCGAGUUCCAGCGCAUGUCGGCCCUAAGGCUUGCAGGUGAGUGAAUGUCACUGAAGUUUCCUCGAGCAAAAGAAGAAAUCAGUACAAGCAUACAAAUGUAUUUAUUUUACUCUUAUCUCCUUCCAUACUCUUCAAUAAUGUAAUCAAUACACUAUAGUUGUACACUAUAGUUGUUCUUUAUUUUGUACAGUUCAUCGAGAGGCAUCUGUUCCUAUUCAGAAAGACAAUUAUGAUUUAAACGUUUAGA